AUGAAAUGUGGAAACUACGAUCGACUUAAAUCCUCACAGAAUAUAUCUGAUUAUUUUCCAUUUCUCUACGUAGAGAAUUCUGGACCCAAUAUAGAGCAGGUUUUCAUUGUCUUCAUCUGCAUAAUCGGACUGCUCGGGAACGGGACUGUCCUUUGGUUUCUCAGUUCCAACACAAAGAGGAACCCUUUUGUGUUCAUCACAAAUUUAUCCGCGGCUGACUUUGGUGUCCUCUUGGCUCUUUGCACGAAUGUUCUACUCUUUUUCGGUGUCAGGGCACACGGACCGUUACACCAUGCCGUAUAUAUCAUACAUCUGUGUUUGCAUAAUGUCUAUGCCUUCAUGCAUUACGCCAGCGCUAAUUUCCUUAUGAUCAUCAGCAUCGAUCGAUGCACGGCAGUCCUCUUUCCGAUCUGGCACCGAAGUCACCGUUCAAAGACCUUGCUCGCAACGGCAACUGCCUGUCUCUGGGCACUGUCCUGUCUGAUGGAAGGUCUAUCGUUCUUUUCCCGUUUUUGUUACAACGACCUCACAAGCAACGUCGUUGCCUUCACAAUUAUUUAUGUCCUCGUGGUUUUGUCCACAGGGGUGCUGUUGUUUAAGGUCUGCUCUACCCCUCAACUGCGCCAGCGAGGAAAGCUGCUCAUGGCCGUUUUGAUUUCCCUGAGUUUUUUCAUCAUCACCAUGGUUCCUCGUGGUGUCUUCACCGACGUGGCGAAAGAGAAGGAGACGGUGCCCUCGUUUCUCCUCCUCCUCAAAGCUAUCAACAGCAGCAUCAACCCAAUCAUUUACUUUUUCGUCGGGAUACUGAAAGCUGGCCCAGCCAGGAGAACUUUGAAGGCUACGUUCCAGAAAUUUUUCAAAGAAGAAGCAUAUGAAGCGGAAGAAGGGGAGCAAUCUACUACUAUGAACUCCACUGUGCCACCUUCUACAACCACGUCAUACAAUUGUGCAUUGCCAACCGUAGGAGCUUUUUCCAAACCAGAGGCUGUCUAG